GGCAGCUGAACAGAGGGAAACUUUGAUUCUUACGGUCACUCACCCGUGAGUUAAUAACCUCGUGACGAUUCCUGCACAAACCGAGCUCAUAUUAUACUUUUACAUUUCUCCCCCGCUUUGAGAUCGAGAAGUUCAAAUCGUGAGGCGCAACUUUGCAGCCCGUCCGUGAGCGAGCGGACAGCGACACUGAAGCGAUGGAGCCGUCCGUCAUCCCCGGUGCCGACAUGUCCGACCUCUACUCCAUUAACCCGUUUAAUGUCACUUUUCCUGACGACGUGAUGGGGUUCGUUCCCGACGGGAGGAACUACACCGAGCCUAAACCGGUAAAGAGCCCCGCGGGAAUCAUCAUCGCCAUUUCCAUCACUGUUCUUUACUCCGUUAUCUGCGUGGUGGGACUCUUGGGAAACAUCCUAGUGAUGUAUGGAGUGGUCAGAUACACAAAGCUGAAAACUGCCACCAACAUCUACAUCUUCAAUUUGGCACUGGCUGAUGCUCUGGCCACUAGUACACUUCCAUUCCAGAGCGCCAAGUAUCUAAUGAACACCUGGCCCUUUGGAGAGCUUCUUUGUAAAAUUGUCAUAGCCAUUGACUACUAUAACAUGUUUACCAGUAUCUUCACCCUCACUAUGAUGAGUGUGGACCGUUACAUUGCGGUGUGCCACCCUGUGAGAGCACUGGAGUUUCGUACCCCCAUCAAGGCCAAAAUCAUCAAUGUGUGCAUCUGGAUUCUCUCCUCUGCUGUUGGAGUGCCAAUUAUGAUCAUGGCAGUUACCAAAGUGACAAACCAAGGUGCAACUGUCUGCAUGCUGAAGUUCCCUAAUCCAGACUGGUAUUGGGACACAGUGACAAAAAUUUGUGUGUUUAUCUUUGCAUUUGUGGUACCAGUGCUAGUCAUCACAAUCUGCUAUGGUCUGAUGAUCCUACGUUUGAGAAGUGUCCGUAUUCUCUCAGGCUCAAAGGAGAAGGACAGAAACAUGCGUAGAAUCACUCGAAUGGUCUUGGUAAUAGUGGCUGCCUUCAUUAUCUGCUGGACACCCAUCCACAUCUUCAUCAUUGUCAAAACACUUGUAGACGUCAACCAAAAGAACCCCUUUGUUAUUGCCAGCUGGCACCUGUGUAUCGCACUUGGCUAUACCAACAGCAGCCUCAAUCCUGUCCUGUACGCUUUCUUGGAUGAGAAUUUCAAGAGAUGCUUCCGAGACUUCUGCCCACCCUUCCGAACCAGAGUUAACCAGAAUAGUCUUAACCGAGCCAGGAAUGCUACAAGGGAGCCAGUGUCAGUUUGUGCACCUUCAGAGGCAGGAAAGAAGCCAGUAUGACUAGGCCUGGAGAGGAUCCCACGGGGGUCCCAGUCCAGAAGAGUUCAGCAGGACCUGCAAUCUGAGGUCACUCAAAUCUCCACUACUGAAUUCUAG